CCGCCGGCCCUCGGCCUAAGCUCUUCAUAGCUCUGUGCCAUUCUCGUCGGCGCAACUUCACUCGUUGCUCAUACAUUCGUUUCUUGUUGGGACUGCCUUCGCUUUUUGUGUCUGGUCACUUCGGAAGGAUGCUUCUCACGAGGCUUGUGCAGAGCUUAGGGGCUUUAGCCCUAGCUCAGGUUGUACUCGGUGAUGCUAACCAGGUGUAUAGGAGAACGAACGAAACCACGGACGAACUCGAUUCUGGAGCUGCUGUCGGACUAGAAGACGAACAAACCUACCACGUGGACACUGAAUGCCCUCAUCACUGCAAAGAGAAGAUCUACAUUACCGUCACACUGCCUGCCAGCACUGUCACUCUGCCUGCAAGCACUGUCACUCUGCCUGCUACCACUGUGACUGAGAAGACGACGCAGACAGAGACGGUGUAUACAACUCAAACCAACGAAGUCAGCGUUUCUGUGCCGGUCAGUGUUACUGUUAUCAAGGGGACAACUGAGUACAUCACGACCACACAGUUGUCAACUAUUACAACUCUCGUGCCUGUGCCCACUACAAUCAAGGUCUGCAACACCAAGUCGCCAUAUUUGUGCUCCACCAAGACCACAACUGAGUUGGUGCCCACAACAACAACCCGAACCAUCAAGAAAACAGUUCCCACAACAGUCACCAAAGUCAAGGUGAUCACUAAGUGGAAAGAAGUUACUACCACCAAAACCAAGACUUCAACAUACACUACCAAGAAAACGAUCCCCAUCACUGUCAUUGAUAGUACGACGCUGUACUCAACCAAGACCGAGACCUUGAAAACAACUCUUACCACGGUAGAGACAACAAGCGUUCCAACAACCUUGACGCAGAAGGAGACACAAACCCAGACCCAAACAGUGAAAACAACUGAAACGGUCCCAACAACCAUCCUUCAGACGAGCACAGUCGUGUCUCUAGUGACGUUGACAACCUCGUUCCCGGUCACAGUAACUGACAGCACAACUCUCUGGUCCACACAAACCACCGUCUUCACCACUACCAGCCUCAGCACUUUCACCACCGUCAGCACCAUGACAACAGUCCAUGCAGUCACAGCGACUGUCACGCAGUUGACAACCACAACUGUGUCGGUAUGUGCUGCUCCGACAAACACUGGUAUCUACAAGCGCUCCGCGCUCGACGUGAGGUCGAAGAAGCACCCCAGGGCUCUCCGGACAUGGGGCUGUGAGCCCGGAUUCGUCUGCAAUCAGCCUAAGCCUGACGGCUGCAAUCUUUGGGCUGAAGCGCCCGGUUUGGACUUUGAGUGUCACCCUGACUGGUGUGUCCCUGCUCCAUACAUCCCUCGCGUCGUCUGGAAGAAGAACGAAACUGGCUACUUCCCGCCUGUUGAGGGAUACUUCAACCUCAACCCCGAGGACUUUGGCUUGAGCUAUGGCGUUUUCGAACUUCAGCCUGUCGUUGUUUUGAAGGCAGAUGGCAGAUUAGCAACCAGCUAUACUGGCGACUGGGCUUCUCAAGCUACCAUCACUGAACGCACAAGACCAACAGCUGUGCCAAACUCGGGGGCACGCUUUGUCAAAAGGCAACGGCCAGGCUCAGAUGUGGUUCCAGCCACCUGUUUCAACCUUUGUGAUAGUGCUUAUCUGGAAGCUCAACGUGUCGGUAGGGAUCCAGACCUUUGCGCACCGGGUUCGGUUUUCUUGGAUAUUUUGGACGAGUGCAAGGUGUGCAUUGCAGACAACACCGAUGACACCAAGUAUGAAGAGAUAGAGAGGGUCUAUCUCGAGCCAAACUUCCGACCAUGGCUCGACUACUGCGACACUUUGCCUGGAGUGCCCAUCACCACCACCACAAGCGGUGAGCCACAGGUGACCGACACAGCGACUGUCUCAACAGACACUGGCCUGCCACCCAACACCAGCACUGGUUUUGAUGAUAUCACCACUUCUACUACCACGACGUCAAGUGAGGAAACCUCAACACCCACUUCUACUCCGACGUCCACCGAUGAGACGACGUCGACCACAACCGACAGCAGCACAGAAACCACACUCACCGAGACAACAUCCACAACUUCCGAGUCCACCAGCUCCACCGAAACUCUCAGCUCCGAGACCACCAGCUCUCCCAGUACCGAGACGACGACAGAGUCUCCCACCACGGAGACCACCGAAGUCCCCACGUCGGGUGGCUCAGAGAGUACGUCGUCUCCCGAUGUUACGACUAGUACGGACGCUCCGUCCACCUCGGAGGACGGCCCGUCCACUACUACAACUACGUCUCCAUCUAUUGCUUCAUCCACCACUCCACCCACUUCCUCCUCCUCCUCCUCCUCCUCCUCCUCCUCCUCCUCCACAUCUUCAUCCGGUUCGGACGAUUCCAGUUCGACAUUCCCUAACACCACAGAUGACUUACUUACAUUCACAGCUUCCACUUUCUCUACAGGUACACUCCCCGGCGAGACCAGCGGUGGCGGCGGUGACGGUGAUGUCGUACCCACAGACACCCCCACCACCAUCACCACCACCAUCGCCGGCACCGGCGGUCUAACGCCCACACUACCCACCGGCCCGGUCGUCACCGCGGCUGCGGGCAGGAUGGCCAACGUCCCCUCCCUGGGAGGACUUGGUAGCAUCCUAGCCGGGAUUUUGUUUGCUGCCAUGUUGCUCUGAGAUGGAUGAUGGAUGGCAGUCAGGUAUUAUGGCUUCAUGUUUUGUUUUCUUUUCCUUUUUUCACUUCUAUAAUGCUUAAUGUCUUUGGCCAGAGGUUGUGCGGGGAUGAAACAUAAGCAUGGUUGCACAUAUUUAAUGAUGGUGUUUUGUUUUAUUUUUAUUUUUAUUUCUAUUUUCUUUUUUUUUGUGUUUGGAAAGGAAAGGGGACCACUCCUUCUUGGUGGGAGAAGAUAGAAUUGGGCUUUGGAAAGGGGGGCAACAUCUCGGGCGAUUUAAUGAUGGCAUUCACGACAUUCCUUAUAAGCUAACAAGCAUACACACGAUGGGAGAGGAUGGGAUGACGAAAGGGAAGAAUGUGUUAUGAUUUGUUAGAUACUUUUGCAUGAUUCUGGAAGGGGGGCAUCUUUAUUGUCCUUUUUUUUUUUUUUUUACAUGAGAUACCCGUUAUUCUCUCCUCUUUUUUUUUCUUCUUUUUUCUAAACUUUGUUUAGUGAAAAGGGGAGAGGGAACAUGUCAUUCUUUUAGGCAUUGAUUUUUUUUGGCAUCUAUACCCCUUUUUUGGUAUUUUUGAGGGAUUGGUGGAAACCAGGGAUGGAUGCAUGACGCUCAUUUUAUGAUAUCAAGGAGGCGGUGGUGCGAUGAUUGGGAAAGAUGGUGGCCUGGGGAUCUGGUCAACAUUUUGGGUCGUGAGGAAUGGUCUCGGCUGUCGAACCGAAGGGAAAGAUCAGGGGGUGGAGAUGAGAAGCAUCCGACGGGAUGUCGAUGACGAAACUGGUUGAGGAAGGAAAAGUUGGGGAUUGUAAUCGGGCUUUCUUGUUGAUGAUCAUGUUUUUUUGCCCAGUGGAGGGGAGAAAAAGGUUUCGCUUCCGAAGCCUGGGCUCAUCUGAUCUUGGAUCGGAUGGCAACCAGGGAUGGGUUGAGUGAGUUGUAUAUGUGAGAGACAUAUGGUGUGGAUUUUGAGUGCAAAUUGAUUGGUGUAUAUCUCCUACAGCCACACUGCCUUUGGUGAUUGAAUGUUGAACUGGCAUCGACAGUAAAACCGCUUCCCAACAACUCACAUACCAACCUGCACCUGGUCAUCUCUCUCAGUGGCAACGGGAAUUAUGCCUGCACACAAUCUCACCAACAGCUCCUUGGCCCCGUCGGUACCCC